AUGCGUACACCGAGAAGAUCAUCCCCAACAAAGCUGAGCCCGCCGUCAGCGCCUCACUCCCCAUCUACCGGAUUGCCCCCGCCCCCGCCCCCGCCUCCUAAUGUACCCAUUACGAUCCCAAAAGUGGAUUAUUUACUCAACAAUGGUGGGCUCAAAUAUCAUGUCCCUAGAAGUUUCUUUGGAGCUGGAGAGUCUGCAAAUAUGCCGCAGGAUUUCUUCAAACCCGCGGCAGCUGCUUCCAAACUUUUCGAGCCGUACAAUAAGUUGCUUGAUGACUACGGAGUAGUGAUAUCGAAAUGUGGAUCCCUCGCCGUGGCCACAGGGUAUAGAUCGGUUGCAAGGAGGCUCCUGGACAGCGACGAACCGAUGCAGAAGAUGGAUAUGGACAUUCCCGAAGAGUUUAGGGAACAUUUCGUUCGCCAGUCCAGGAAAACGAAGCACGCUGUGGAUAAAUGGCUUUCUUACAGCAACGACCAAGGCAGCAGCCCGCCUAAUGAGAUUGAUGACGAGACACUGAUGUUUGCCAUGCUAACUUAUCUAGACCAGGAGGAGAGAGAACUCUUCAGUGCGCUAUUAGACAUUGCAAUGACGCCCCCAGAGCCAAAGCGUGAAACUCCCAAACCACGAGAUCGACCGGAUGCCAUCGUUCAGUCCGGCGCUGCAAUCCAGCGUUUAUACAGACUAUCCAUACCACCUCGUGACCCUGAAACAGCGCUCUAUUUGCUGAAGAACCCGGGCAUACACCAUGUCCUAGCCACACUCGCAGCCAUCAGCAGCGAUGAAUGGGACAUUCUCAUCUCCGGACGUUUCGAUGGAUUUCUCCGUAGUGGGGCAGACGAUGACCUUCCCCAAACGUUCUCCGCCGCAUCCGUCCGUGCCCCUCGGCCUGGAUCCACUCGACCGGUUUCGCAAGCUUCUAACGCCAGGCUCCGAAACAUCAGCCAGCCGUAUUGUGGUCCUUCAUAUCCAUCCCGCACCUCCACUCCAGCCCCUGCCUCAUUUGGCGCCCCCAUCUACGUCGACGAAGACACCGAAAUCGCCGCCCUUGCUGAAAUUGAACGGGACAUCUACCUCGGCAUGGAAGCGCUGGAAGACGCCUUUGAAGUCCUGCAUGUCAAAGCGGAAGCGAUCCGUGGCGCCCUUCGGGAACGCGGUGCGGGGUUGCAAGUUGCCAAUCUAACACGGCGCGGGGGAUCCGGAGGUGUUGAAGUGCUCUCGGGCACGCCUGCGGCGGGCAUCGGGGGCUACGGCCUGAAUGGCAACGGCGGCUGGGAGAGCUCAACGGAUGACGGGAUUGAAGAUGGGGUUUCAGAGAUAUUGCCCUCCGAUUCCGCGAGUAAUAUUAGCUCGAGUAGGAGGCGGCGGCCGAAGAGACGGAGCGAGAGGCGGACGCCGGUUGUUUUUGAGGAGGAGGAGGAGGGUGAAGAUAAUGAUAUUGUUGCGACCCAUGAUUACAGGACGAGGAAGAAGUAUUAG